AUGAUCAGAGACUGCGAACAGUACUCCAGGCGAUGUGACAAAUGCCAAAGGCACGCCCCAAGCAUUCACGUCCCAGCUGAAACACUCUCAUCGAUCUCUUCACCUUAUCCUUUUAUGAGGUGGUCUAUGGACAUAAUAGGACCUAUGGUCUCUUCGGGACCAAAGCAAUUCCAAUACCUAUUAGUCCUUACUGACUACUUCACUAAAUGGAUCGAGGCCAAACCAUACCAACAAACGACCGAACUCGAGGUCCGGAAAUUUAUCUGGAAAGACAUCAUUUGUCGACACGGGCUCCCUUUCGAGAUCGUGACAGAUAACGGAUCUCAGUUCAUAGCUCGAACAUUCAAAGACUUCUGCAAGAAGUGGAACAUACGCAUAACGUAUUCCACACCUCGUUACCCUCAAGGGAACGGGCAAGCUGAAGCAACAAACAAAACCCUCUUGAGUAACCUCAAGAAACGACUCGACGCCCGUAAACAUAGGUGGUCCGAAGAGCUCGCAGCACUGCCGAACUACCCUCACAAAGCUACUCAUGAGACCCCGUUCUCAUUAGCUUACGGGCUAGAGGCCGUCAUCCCAACUGAAACUUCCGUUCCAAGUCUUCGCAGGAUGCAAUGUCCAGCGAACGUCGAGCUGAACGAAGAAAUGUUGAGAGAUCACCUUGACCUUAUCGACGAACGUCGAGAUCAAGCUCUGAUCCGGAUACAAAACUAUCAACAGGCCGCAGCUCGCUAUUACAACUCCAAGGUUAAACACCGGAGCUUUCAUAUAGGCGACAUGGUUCUGAGAAAAGUACAAGACUAUACCAAAGAGCGUGCAGGGAAACUUGGGACCAACUGGGAAGGUCCCUACCUCAUUACCGAAGUAGUUCGCGAUGGCGUCUACAAGCUCACAAAAGUCAGAAACGGAAUACCUGAACUAAGACCUUGGAAUGCGAUGAACCUGAAAAGAUCGGAAGAUCGAGAUCACCUCGAUAUUCCCCUUUCGAACGAAGUGAGGUUCAGAGUCCACCUCUUUACCUUCAAUUUCUUACUUCGCAAAAACCAAUCGAAGUCCGCAGCGUCCAAGCAUCCAGCGUAG